AUGAAGAAAAUUCAAUACUUGCCAUUUCAAUUUUCAUUUCAAUCUGUGCUUUCAACAAUUUUAACAUUAUCUUUUGUUAUAAAAAAUAUCCAUGCAUUUUAUGCUAACAAUGGACCCGUAACUUUGAUAACACCUCAAAAUUAUAUGAAUGAAGUGCUCUUAACUGAGAAAGUAGUUUUAUUAGAAUUUUUUGCUCCAUGGUGUGAAUAUAUAAAGGCAGCAGAGAAUUUAAAAGGAUUGGUGAAAGUGGCAGCUAUUGAUUGUGAUGAUCAAUCAAAUAGAAAUGUGUGUUCUGCAAAUGAGAUUAAAGGUGAUUUUGGGUUUCCAACUAUUAAACUUUUCCCUAGUCAAUCAAUUCCUGAUCCAAAAAAUCCAAAAAAAUUUAUAAAAAGACCAAAAGAUUACAAUGGACCAAGAACUGCUAAAGAUCUUGUAAAAUUUGCUCUUGAGGAGAUACCAUCAUUUGUACAACCAUUAGCAGAAAAAACUCGAACAAAGAAAUCUUUAACACUUGAUGAAUUUCUAGAUAAAAGUAAUGGAACAAUUUCAAAAGCAAUUCUUUUCACAAGUAAAGAUAAAACAACACAUCUUUACAAAGCGUUAUCAGUAGAAUUUCAUAAUAGAAUGUUGUUGGCGGAAGUCAGGAAAUUUGAAACGACAAUUCUGGAAAGAUUUAAUAUAACAGAUUUUCCUAAAUUCAUUGUCAUACCAAAAGAUUCUCCAUAUGAAGUAAUAGAAUUUACGGAAAAAUAUAGUUAUGAUAAUUUAUCAAACUUUUUAAAUAAAUAUGCAUUACCAAAAUCUUCUUUAGAACCUGAACCAUUUAACCCCGAGAUUUUAGAGGUUAAGACACAAUCGGAUUUGAUAAAAAAUUGUUUGAAAAAAUCUAGUGGUGUGGGAGUAUUAUGUGUAUUUACCAUUCUACCAUUGGAAUCUGAAUUUCCCGAGUCUGUAACUGAACACCAAUCGAAUGUCAACAUAUUGAAAAAAGUUAAAGAAUCAUUGCACGUUGGAUCAUCGUUAAAAAAUAAAUUUGACUUGAGUUUCUUGUGGCUAAAUUCGUUGAAUAAAGGAGCUCAGAAAUUAAUUAAAGAUUUCAAAUUGUCUGACGUUUAUCCAACAUUAAUGAUAUUAAAUCCAAACAAAAAUAUUUACGCUCCUUACUUAGGACCAUUUGAAGUGGAAAGUAUUCAAGAUUUUAUUAAAGAAGUUGCCAUGGGAUUUCAUAAAAAGGUUUACGAGGUUAAAUUUGAUGUUUCAAUGACAGAAGGAAAUGAUAAAAAGUCAUUCACCAAAGAGGAAUUAAAAUUUCGUUAUCAAACAGUACUUUCGAGUUUGCUUCAACAAAAAAGACGUCUAGUUUUUUUCAAUGUACAUAAUGGUAGUAAUAAUGCGACAAAAGCUGCGAUUGUAACUUAUCGUUUCUCAAGUUCUAGUAGCAUUAAAUAUAAACCAUAUGCAGCAGAAGUUGUUCGACCAGAUAAUGAAGAUAUUCCUCCUCACUUUUCAGAUGCCACUGAUAAUAAAUCUGAUGGUACAUCUUUUCCAUCUUUACCAGAAUUUUCAUCGGAUAAUAAUAAAAAUGCAAAGUCGAAAGAAUUAACAGAACCAGCCAAAGAUCUUUCAAAUGAUAUUGCUGAGUGUGGUCAGGAUUGGUCCAAAUCAUACUAUGGCUUGUCAUCUCAAUCUUUUACAAAAGAUGCUAAUGAUAUCUUGUUAGCUCCAAUUGAUCCAAACGAUAUUGAAUGUAAACCUGAUGGUAUAAUUUAUUUACCAGAAAUUAAGUAUCGUCGUAUCUUGAAUAAAGCAUUUGGACCAGGAGGUUGGGGAUUGGCACCAAGAGGUGAUAAUACAGUUAGUCCUAAAACAGUCUCUCGUGAAUAUGCUUUAGUAUGUCAUGGAAGACUUGUUUCGGUUGCUCGUGGCGAACGUGAAUAUUUUGAUCCUUCAAAUUUAGCUACAGCAGCUGAAGGUGCUAAAAGUAACGCAUUAAUGAGAUGUUGUAAAGAUUUGGGAGUUGCUUCAGAAUUAUGGGAUCCAAUUUAUAUUCGUGAAUUUAAACGUAAGUAUUGCGAAGAUGUGAAUGUAGAACAUGCUGUAACAAAAAAGAGAAGAAAACAUUGGAUGAAAAAAGGUGGACGUGUAGAAUAUCCGUUUAGAAUUGUCAAUUAA